ACUUUACUGUAUUUUGUUUCAGAUGGCAACUUGUGACAGCAGUAAAAUGAAUGAACUGGAUAUGGAACUGGACAAGCGUGCCCUGAAAGCACUAAAACUGAUGAAUGAACUGAUCGCAUCCAAACUGGAACUGGAGAAAUCGGUGAAAGCUGGUAGUUUGGAUUUGGCCAAGGCGCGCUACAUAAUGGGCAACCGUAAUGUGUCUGCGCUGCAACUACCAACUCCCGGCGAAGGCGCCGAUGUUGCUCCCCUCGUUACAGUUCACAGGGCACAGACGUUUCAAGAUUCCAACAACGACUCCUCAAUGGAAAACACCAUCUCACUGCAACUAGAACGGGUCACGCUGACGACUCCGUCACCCGACGAGAGGGCGCGACGAUCCUCGCAGGCAGCCCUGAAGAAACGCACCACCGAAGGCCGCGACGCCGACGAACAGAGACCUCUUUAGACGAGGAUGACGACGAGGAUAAGUCUGUCAGCAGUCCAAGACCCGAUCAAGCCAUCCAAGACCCCAUCAAGUGGUUCGGCGUUCUGGUGCCGCAGAACUUGAGGCAAGGCCAGGCGCGAUUCAAGCAGGCGUUGGACCUCGUGGUGCAUACUGCCAAUAUACAGUUGGAGCUGCAUGCUACUGUCACACAGUUCAGGAAACUGUUGGAUACUAAACGUAGUAUGCAGUCCAAUUUGAUACAGCUAGAUACUGAACAACCAGUUGUCGCUUAGCGUUGAUACAAAAAUUAUAAUUAAUCAGCCCCAACAUACAGUUAAGUUGGAGCUGCAUGCCUCUUUCAUACAGUUCAGUGGAGCUGCAUGCCACUUUCAUACAGUUCAGGAAACUGUUAGACACUAAACGUAGCAUGCGGUCGAAUUUGAUACAGCUAGAUACAGAACAACCAGUUGUCGCCCAGCGUUGAUACAAAAAUUACAAUUAAUCAGACCCAACAUACAGUUGAGUUGGAGCUGCAUGCCACUUUCAUACAGUUCAGGAAACUGUUAGACACUAAACGUAGUAUACAGUCCAAUUUGAUACAGCUAGAUACUGAACAACCAGUUGUUGCUUAGCGUUGAUACAUACAUUAAAAUGAAGGGUGUGAUCACAUUGUUAAACCGUGUCCACACUGAACAAAUGUUCGACAUACAUGUUCGGCAAACAUGUUUGUUGAGGAACUCAGGGACAAACAUUUCAAAAAGUUUGGAUAAUCAUUGUUUGUCAAACAAAAAAUUACUGUUUUUCCAAACAUGUUCAGUUAUGACAGCUGUAAAACAUGAAACCUGUUCUCCCCACUUACAAAUAUUUUGUUUGGUGACGCGUCCACACUGGCCACGGGCAAACAUUGUUUGUCAAACCUAAUAAAAUUUACCCAAACUGUUUCAACAAACAUGUUUGUCAAACAUUUGUUCAGUGUAGACACGGCUUAAGCGUGUAUGUGCUAGUACACGAGAAAUCAUGCAUGAACCAAAAAAAAAGAUCUGGCAAGUUGAAACACGUUGUGACUUGCAUGUAACGGCUUACAAUGAACGCAACUAGCAAGUUCACGCUUUUAGUGUAAGUGUUCCUAUUGCUCUUUCCAGAUUUUGUUUCUCAUCUGCACGCUUAGUCAUGCAUAUCCAAGCGUGUAGUUGCACAUAUACGCAUACAAUGUGAUCGAUCACAUCCUGAUGCUGAUGAAAAGCAUUGAUGUUGUAUUUAAAAUCUUUGAAUGUCCAUUACGUAUGAUAUUAUGUGGUUCAUGAGAAAUCUUCCAUGUUAUCUAUCUCUAUUUGACAUUUUGAGAGUAUACUACAACUACAUUCAUUCGUACUAUAG